AUGGGUAAAGGAACUUUUGAUGAAAUUGGUUCAACACGUGUUACAUUAAAAUGGUUUUCUUUCAUGGUAUUAAGUUCACAAAUCGUUGGUGUUACUGCCGUUAUUCUUGUAGCCGUUUUUUUUGGUCAAUAUCGUGGUGGUUUUGCAUGGACAUCGGAUAUUCAUAAAGAAUUUAAUUAUCAUCCUUUAUUUAUGACAUUGGGUAUGAUUUUUUUCUAUGGUGAUGCUAUUUUGGCUUAUCGAGUAUUUCGUGAUGUUAAAAAACUUCGUGUUAAAAUACUUCAUGGAUCUUUACUGGCACUUUCACUUAUAUUUGCAUCAAUUGGUCUUAAAGCUGUUUUUGAUAGUCAUAAUUUAGAUACUCCACCUAAACCAAAUCUUUAUUCACUUCAUUCAUGGGUUGGUCUUACAGCUGUUAUUUUAUUUGGUACUCAAUGGGUAUGUGGUUUUGUUAGUUUUCUAUUUCCAAAACUAAGUGAAGAGAUUCGUAAAGCUUAUAUGCCAAGUCAUAAAUAUUGGGGUAAAGCUAUUUUCAGUCUUGCUGUUGGAGCUGUUCUAAUGGGUAUUACGGAAUAUAGUAUUUUUAAAGACAUUUAUCCUGGUGAUAAUUUAAAACAUCAACGAAAUUUAAUUAAUGUCUUUGGUUUUUUUGUUCUUGUAUUUGCUGCUAUUAUUCUUUAUCUUGUUAGCAAUCCAGGUUAUCAACGACCACCAGACAAUGAAAUUGAACAUGUACCUUUGGCUGAUUAA